AUACACAAAUGAACCUCUUCAUCUCCAUCACAAACCAAUUCCAUGCACCCCCACAUCACUCGAGUAACCUCUCAUUCCCCACAAAACCCCACUCUACACCCACCGUUGAACCCAAUUCAACAGUUUCUUCAUGGACUUCAUCCAUUGCUCAUCAUUGCCGAACCGGCCGCUUAAACCAUGCUGCUACAGACUUCACCCGCAUGAGACUCGCCGGAGUUGAACCCAAUCACAUAACCCUCGUCACCCUUCUCUCCGCCUGUGCUGAAUUCCCAUUUCACGCUCUUUCUUUUGGUGCUUCACUUCACGCACUUGUUUACAAAUUUGGUUUUGAAAACGUGAAGGUGGGUACGGCUGUUAUUGAUAUGUAUUGUAAAUGUAACCGGUUAGAUCUUGCUAGAUUGUGUUUUGAGAAGAUGGGUUUCAAAAAUAACGUGACUUGGAACACUAUGGUUGCUGGGUUGAUGAGAUUUGGAGAUGUUGGUGAUGCCGUCCAGGUGUUCGAUGAAAUGCCUGAGAGAGGUGUUGUUUCGUAUACGGUUUUAAUUGAUGGGUUUGUUAAGAAAGGAUGUUAUGAGCAUGCUUUGGAGUGGUUUCAGGCUAUGCAGGCUGAUGGGGUUGAACCGGAUUAUGUUACGAUUGUGUCUGUAGUUUCCGCGUGUGCGAAUUUAGGUGCGCUUAAGUUAGGGUUAUGGGUUCAUCGCGUUGUGUUAGGCGGGAGUAUGAAAUAUAACGUUCGGGUUAAUAAUUCGUUGAUUGAUAUGUAUUGUAGAUGUGGGUGUGUUGAGUUCGCGGUUCAAGUGUUUCACAGCAUGUCGAAACGCAAUCUUGUGUCGUGGAACUCGAUUAUCGUGGGCUUCGCGCUUAACGGAAACGCGGAGCAAACACUCGAGUAUUUCUAUCGGAUGCAGAAAGAGGGUUUCGAGCCGGAUGGAGUGACGUUUACCGGUGCUUUAACCGCGUGUAGCCAUGCUGGUUUGGUCGACGAAGGUAGGAAACUAUUUGAUGUGAUGAGAAAUGUUUAUAAAAUAUCCCCUAGAAUCGAGCAUUACGGAUGUUUAGUAGAUCUGUAUAGUCGCGCCGGCAUGUUAGAAGAGGCCUUGAAAGUUAUAGAAAACAUGCCCAUGGUACCAAAUGAAGUUGUUCUGGGAUCGGUUCUAGCAGCCUGCAAAGCGGCGGGUGAUAUACGAUUAGCGGAAAAGUUAAUGAGGUUUAUUAGCGAGUUAGACCCGAGUGGUGACUCUAAUUAUGUUCUUCUUUCGAAUAUGUAUGCUGCGGGAGGAGAGUGGCAAAAGGCGAGUAAUGUAAGGAGGAGAAUGAAAAGUAGGGGUAUAGAGAAGAAUCCAGGUGUGAGUUCUAUUGAGAUUAAUGGUGUUGUUAAACAGUUCGUGGCUGGUGAUAAAUCUCACAUCGAGUCACAGCUUAUUUACGACAUGUUAGAUAAUCUUACUCGUGAACUAAUGAUCUCCGGGUAUCUUCCGGAAGCUAAUGUGAGUGUAUCUUGGUUUUAAAAAGCACGUUUGAGGGGCGAGACGAUUUGGAAAACGUCUCAGGGUCUUGAGGUGGUGUCUUGUGCACAUCUUGGUCAAAAGUAGGGCUCGGAGGAGGCUAAUAUGUAGUAACAACAACCAAUGGGAUGAAGUAGUUACGGUUUCUGGUUGUACAUAAAGCUUAUUUGUUGCGUACGAGAAGCUCAUGCCUCUCGUCUCGACUAUUGGACAGGCCUCAUGGAUUCAGUUUAUCAGGUGCUGAGUUUAAUGUUUAAUCACAGAUCAGUUUGCUAUGAUGUAUAUGUUGUUUUAUGCUCUUGUUGGAUCCAUACAUAUACUUUGAUGACACAUGAUAAUGUAGAGAUAUGUUGAAUCUUAUGUGUGUUGUAGAUUGCUGGAUUUUAUGUAUCAAACACGCGGAAUAUUAUAGUAUGGCUAAUAAGGCAUGAUCAUAUAGGGUCAGACACAUAGAGUUGGCACUAAUAACAUAUUUGAGUAUGUUCAACUCGAAAAGCGUUGUAUAAGGUGUAGUCGAUAGUCACAUGGUUAUUGUGACUAGAACUAGGGUUUGACAUUCCAUAGAGCAUCGACAUCUAAUAUAGCGUCAACUAUCUUGCUUUUU